GACGCUACAUAUAAAGUCCUUCCCCAAAAAAAUCCCACACAAAUUCUCUUCCCUUCCCACUCGAUCUUUCUCUCUCAAAAUUUGGGUCCGGACCGUGAAGAAUCAAAAUCGGGGGUUCAUAUUUAUCCGCUUCUUUCUAAUUUGAGCGAUUUGAAUUUGAGUUAAACGGUGGUGAAAGCUCCGCUUCGAUUCGCUUGUAAAUUGAUAUUAUUUAGAGAAAUUCAAUGGAUACCAAUAGUUGGAGGCCCAAUCCGAGUCAAGCUCCCGUUGGGGGAGGCGGAGGAGCAGGAGGCGCCGGAGGCGGAGGAGAACCCACCAUGGACACCGGCGAUUGGAGGAACCAAUUGCCGCCCGAUUCUCGUCAAAGAAUUGUGAACAAAAUAAUGGACACAUUGAAGAGGCAUCUUCCUGUUUCUGGCCAAGAGGGAUUACAUGAACUCAAGAAAAUAGCCAUAAGGUUUGAGGAAAAGAUUUACACUGCUGCCACAAGCCAGUCAGAUUAUCUACGAAAAAUAUCUCUGAAGAUGCUUACAAUGGAAACUAAGUCUCAGAAUCCUAUAACCAAUUCUCUGCCAUCCAAUGCUACUGGUAGUAACAAUAAGCCCCCAGAUCCAGGAUUGAUCGGUAUGCCAUCCCAAGUUCACAACCAAGGGCAAUCACUGCCUAUGCCACUGUCGGCCAGUCAGGCUCAAGCACGCCAACAACUGAUGUCCCAGAAUAUUCAGAAUAGCAUUGCUCCUACUGGAGUUCAAAGCAGUGCUAGUUUACCAUCUGUACUCUCUCCUGUCUCUGGUUUAAACCAGACUCCUAUGUCAAAUGUUGUUGGCCAGAAUACCAAUGUGCAGAAUAUAUCUGGUACUUCACAGAAUUCAGGAGGGAAUUCAAUGGGGCAAGGGGUGCCUUCCAAUAUGUUUCCAAAUAAUCAGCGGCAAAUGCAAGGAAGGCAACAAGUUGUUUCUUUGCAGCAACAACAACAGCCACAAAAUUCACAGCAGUAUAUUUACCAGCAGCAGUUACAACAGCAGCUUUUAAAGCAGAAGCUCCAGCAGGGAAAUAUCCCACACGCAAUCAUGCAAUCUCACAUCCAGCAACAACAGCAGCAGCAGCAGCAGCAAAAUCUAUUACAGCCCAAUCAGUUGCAAUCUUCUCAACAAUCAGUCAUGCAAACAUCAUCUGUGAUGCAAUCUUCUCCUCUCUCUGGUCUUCAGCAAAAUCAGCAGACAUCUAUUCAACAAGCAACACAGUCCAUGCUUCAGCAGCAGUCGCAUUCUCAAUCAGUUCUCAGGCAGCAGCAACAGCAACAGCAACAGCAACAGCCACAACAGGCUGCUGUUAUUCAUCAACAGCAAACAUCGAUGCAGCAGCUGCCAAUACAACAGCAGCAACAGCAGCAGCAGUUGAUAGGGCAACAGUCAAAUGCUACAAAUAUGCAACAGAACCAAUUGAUUGCACAACAGAACAGUGUUGGGGACAUGCAACAGCAGCAACAGAGGCUGCUUAGCCAGCAGAAUAAUCUUCAAAACAUGCAGCAGCAGCAGCAGCAGCAGCAACAGCAACAUCAACAACAGUUAAUGGCUCAGCAAAAUAACCUCUCUAAUAUGCAUCAGCAACAGUUGGGAUCUCAAAGUAAUGUUUCUGGGUUACAGCAGCAGCAGCAACAACAGUUGCUUGGACCUCAGUCUGUUAACUCAAGUAUGCAAGCUACUCAGCACUCAGUACACAUGCUACAACAGUCCAAGGUUCCAAUGCAGCAACAAUCACAACAGAGCGCAUCUAAUCUGUUACCAACUCAAGGGCAGCUGUCACAAUCACAGCCACAGCAACCACAGCAGCAAUUGAUGUCUCAGAUUCAGUUGCAACAGCAGUCAAAUUCAUUACAAAGGGAUAUGCAGCAAAGGCUUCAAGCAUCAGGUCAAGCAUCAGGUUCCUUGCUUCAACCUCAGAAUGUAAUUGAUCAGCAAAAGCAAUUAUAUCAAAGAGCUCUUCCAGAGACAUCAUCAACGUCUCUAGAUUCCACUGCUCAGACAGGACAUGCAAAUGGCGGUGAUUGGCAAGAGGAGGUUCAUCAAAAGAUCAAAGCCAUGAAGGAUAUGUACUUACCUGAAAUAAAUGAAAUGUACCAGAAAAUUGCUACUAAAUUGCAGCAGCAUGAUUCUCUUCCACAACAACCAAAGUCAGAUCAGCUUGAAAAGUUGAAAAUGUUUAGGACUAUGUUGGAGCGUAUUAUAACAUUCUUACAGGUUCCUAAAAGUAGCAUAUUACCCAAUUUCAAGGAGAAGUUGGGAGCUUAUGAGAAGCAGAUACUAAAUUUUAUAAACACAAAUAAGCCAAGGAAGCCUGUUUCUUCACUGCAGCAAGGACAGCUUCCCCCGCCACAUAUGCACUCUAUGCAGCAGCCACAAUCUCAAAUUAGUCAAAUGCAGUCUCAUGAAAAUCAAAUGAACCCUCAGUUGCAAUCAAUGAACUUACAAAGUUCUGUAGCAAUGCAGCAGAACAAUAUGACAAACUUGCAGCAUAAUUCUAUGUCUUCUUUGUCUGGGGUUUCAACGGCACAGCAAAACAUGAUGAACUCAAUGCAGGCUGGUUCCAAUUUGGACUCAGGACAAGGAAAUGGACUGAGCUCAUUGCAGCAGGUGGCUAUGGGAUCUCUACAACAAAAUCCCGUGAGUGCUUCCCAACAGGCAAAUGUCAACACCUUGUCAUCACCGACUGUGCUACAGCCAAAUAUCAAUCCUCUUCCAUCAAAUUCCAAUAUGCUUCAACAACAGCAGCUGAAAAACCAGCAGGAACAGCAAAUGCUGCAGACACAACAUCUCAAACAAAUGCAACAGCGCCAGAUACAGCAGCAGAUACAGAAGCAGCAGAUAAUGCAACAGCAACAACAGCAACACCAACAGCAGCAACAGUUGCACCAACAGCCAAAGCAGCAGCUGUCUGCACAGCUGCAGACACACCAAAUGCCACAACUUCAUCAAAUCAAUGAUGGGAAUGAAAUGAAAAUGAGACAGGGGUUGGGUGUUAAGACGGGGGUAUUUCAGCAACAUCUAUCGGCAAGCCAGCGCUCUGCUUAUUCCCAUCAACAGUUAAAACCAGGAGCUUCAUUUCCUAUUUCUUCACCCCAACUGCUUCAAGCGGCGUCCCCACAGAUUCCACAACACUCUUCUCCACAGGUUGACCAGCAAAAUGUAUCAUCUCUCACAAAAGCUGGAACGCCGCUGCAAUCUGUAAAUUCACCUUUUGUAAUCCCAUCUCCUUCAACUCCUUUGGCGCCUUCUCCUAUGCCAGGGGAUUCUGAGAAACCUAUUGCUGGUGUUUCACCGCUCUCAAAUGCUGGAAAUAUUGGACAUCAACAGACAAGUGGUAUGGGAGCACCAGCUCCAUCACUUGCCAUUGGAACUCCUGGGAUAUCAGCUUCACCUUUGCUUGCUGAGUUUACUGGUCCGGAUGGCAAUCAUGGUAAUAUUUUGAUGAGCGUUUCUGGAAAGUCGAGCAUUACAGAGCAGCCUCUUGAACGUUUAAUUAAAGUGGUAAAAUCAAUGUCACCUAAAGCAUUGAGUGCCUCUGUCAGUGACAUUGGUUCAGUUGUGAGCAUGAUUGAUAGAAUAGCAGGGUCAGCACCAGGUAAUGGAUCCAGGGCUGCUGUUGGUGAGGACCUGGUUGCCAUGACGAACUGUCGUCUCCAAGCAAGAAAUUUUAUCACACAAGAUGGAACCAACGGGACAAGGAAAAUGAGGCGCUACACAAGUGCCAUGCCCUUAAAUGUCGUUUCCUCAGCUGGCAGUAUGAAUGAUAGUUUCAAGCAGGUGACGGGUUCAGAGACAUCUGACCUGGAGUCAACUGCGACUUCGAGUAUCAAGAGGCCUAGGAUUGAGGUUAAUCAUGCCCUUUUGGAAGAAAUAAGGGAGAUAAAUCAAGGACUUAUAGACACAGUUGUUGAUAUCAGUGACGAAGACGUCGAUCCAACUGCUGCUGCGGCUGCUGCUGAAGGGGGUGAAGGAACCAUUGUCAAGUGCUCUUUCAGUGCUGUGGCUCUGAGUCCAAACUUGAAAUCGCAAUACGCUUCUGCACAAAUGUCACCAAUCCAACCAUUAAGAUUGCUUGUUCCCUCAAAUUAUCCAAAUUGCUCCCCAAUACUCUUAGACAAGUUUCCAGUCGAAGUCAGUAAGGAGUACGAAGAUCUUUCAGUAAAGGCAAAGUCGAGGUUCAGCAUAUCUCUACGAAGCCUUUCACAGCCAAUGUCGCUUCGCCAAAUAGCAAGUACAUGGGAUGUUUGUGCUCGAGCAGUUAUUUCUGAGCAUGCGCAGCAGAGCGGCGGAGGUAGUUUCAGCUCAAAAUAUGGGACUUGGGAGAACUGCUUGAGUGCCGCAUGACCAUCUCUUUUGCCCUCCCACGCAAAAGUCAACCCUUGAUGCAGAAUUUGCUGCAGCUGCUUCUCUGCCUUGAUGACUGGGUAAAUCUAUUUUUGGAAAUAGCUUUUUGUGAGCCUGGCCUGUUUGUCAAAGGGACGACGUCGUCAUGUGUCGAAGUUUGUUCCUGGAUGCAGCAUAGGAUAAUUUAUAUGUCGUUUUUAACAAAGUAAAUUAAUGUAUACCAAGUUUGUCUUGUGUUGUAACCACGUAGUAGUCUGUUAUUUAUGUCAGUUGCAAGAAAAUGUCACUUUUCUUUGACUGAUUUUGUUUAACAGAACUACAAUGUAAUUUUGUAUUUUGUUGGAAAUGCAAAUCACAGGGGAAUAUAAGUUUAGGCAACAAGGUGCAUUUGUGCCUGUA